GUGAUGGGCCCCCACUGGUUCAGGAGGACACUGGACGGCAGUCGAACUCGAAAGACCGAGAGAGAUUGCCCCGCCCAUGCCCCGCCCAGUCUGUAGUCGUGCGCUCAGUUGCGAACUUGUGCACUGCCGCACAUGCGGGAGGGACGACAAUACACUCACCCCCUGCGCACAAUGGGCGGGUGUAUCGCACGCGCCACGGCAGCACCCGCGUUUGCGCGUAUCUGCUCGCUGCACUGCCUCAUCAUCAACAAUCCCCGUCAUCAACUGCCGAGGUUUUGAGAUUCGCAAAAUCUGAAAAAUUCAAACUGCUGAAUGCAAUUGGCGGUGUUUUUUUGUCGCACCGCGAUGACCACCCUUGGCGGGUGAUCCGACCUUUAAUUUCGGGACCCCAGUAAGCUGGAGAUCGGAACAGCCUUGACCUUGAUGGGCGCGAAGGGCCACGGCGAUUUCAAUGCAAUAGAACGCGCUCCAAUCGGCCGGCGGUUUAGCGCUCCCGCCCCUUUUGCUCACGGCGGGAAUCAUGCCGUGACCACUGAACACUGAACGGCGUGGAAAGCAGGAGAAGUAAGGACAAGUGGCGAAAAUUUCCCAUCGCGCUGUAGGAAGCAAGAGAAAGCAAAGGACAUCAAGAACAGGCAACGAGUGGCUCUUUUUCUCACUUUCCCUUUUUGGGCAGCAGUCGAAGUUGAAGUAGUGGAGGGAGGCCGCAAUGGUCGGGGCAUCGGCGACGAUAGUUGAAGCGAACAAGUUGGAGAGGGCUACUUAAGAAAAGGAGGACGGGAGUGUCGGCGACGCUAGUAGCAGCUGAAGGAGAGGGAGCGGUUGCACAAGUAUAAGCGCAGUAGAAGAGGGGAUAUCAUAUCAGUACGUGCAGACAAUUGAUUGAUGAUUUAGUACAACAAGGUUAAUUUGUGGAAUUAUCGGAGCGCAGCGAGUUUGUUGGGUGGAAGGCUUGCGGUGCAGGGUGGGGUGGCGUGAGGUGGUUGCCUUGGGUUUGACAUCGGAUCGGGUUGAAUAACCAGUCCACGUGGCAGGAGGAGGCUCUUUCGCUAAUCAGUAUGGCCUGGCCAAUCUAUUUGUACGUUCCGAAUCUGCUAGGCUAUGCUCGCAUCAUUGCAAAUGUGGUGGCUUUUUCUCAUUGUUUCGAUCAGAAGGGGAUGUUUGUAACACUGUAUUUCAUAAGCUUUGUGUGUGAUGAGCUGGAUGGACGAUUUGCCAGACUCCUUGACCAGCGGUCUACGUUUGGCGCUGUCCUCGAUAUGGUUACUGACAGGGUUAGCACAGCGUCACUGUUGGUCGUCCUAUCGAGCCUCUACAGCCAGUAUUUUAUCAUCUUCUUGGGAUUAAUGGUACUGGAUAUUUCAAGCCACUGGUUCCAGAUGGUCAGUGCACACCUGACGAGCAAGAAAAGUCACAAGGAUGUGGCUGAUGGCACCAACUUUCUGCUGAGGAUCUACUACCGCUAUCGACCUUUCAUGGGCUAUUGUUGUAUUGGUGCAGAGGUUCUUUAUCUAGCAGUGUACUUGCUACACGAUCCAAGUUAUGCUGCUGCCCCUCUGGUGGAUCUUCCUAUGAUUGGAGAGCGGUCGCUUGUUGAAGUCAUUGCGUGGGUCGCUCUGCCUGGAUGUGUGAUCAAACAGUUUGUCAAUCUUGUUCAGAUCAAAACGGCUGCGGAUGUUUGUGUCACAUAUGAUAUGAAGCAAGAUGUAGACAAGAAGACGCAGUGACCAAAAAACUGGUGCUCUGACAAACUACUGAACUGGCUUCAAGAAUGUGCUUAAGCAGCCAUUAGUGGAUUCCUUGAGAUUGGCUGCAGCCGAGGAUUGGUAGAACGAGAGAAGUUGUGUGCGAUGUCUUCAAGUUACAGGUUUUUUUUUUUUUUUUUUGUACUUCGAGUUCCGGAAUCUACUGAUAUUUGUUAUUGGUCCUCGAACUGUAUAUGAAUCCGAGUGCUAUAUUGAAGACACACACUCCAUCAAUACAAUGGGAAGUUGGGAACCCCAUUCCCUUGAGUCCUUUUAUAUCAAUCCUUCAAGGGCUUAGCAAAUGUAUUUAAUAUAUCUAUAGAUAGAUUCUAUACCCAUCUCACCUUCACUGGACCCAGGCUGCGCUAAGCGAAUCCAUUGUUCUUUUUUUUGGUUGGUUGUAUCUGUUUGUGGGGGAGCUCAUGUCAAUGCCAAUCCCUCUAUCGCCGGAUGUAUUGCAUUCGAAUUUAGAACAGCAUCCUGCAACCACACUGCAUUGCAGUAUGAUCUGUCCUGAUCUAUUCUUUUGAUCUCUGAUCUGCUGAUCUACUAAAAAAAAAAAAACACCAUCAUCUCUUUUUAUAUCCUUUGCCCCAAACU